GAAGCUGGAUUUGAACCCAUGAAGAUUAGUAUUGAUUCCAAGCACAGUGCUAUCCACUGUACCAGAAUGAUUUCCUCUGGAGUACAGUACUACAGUUUUGGCAGAGCUGAAGGCUUUUCCCUGAAGUUUCAAAUAUUCCUUGCUAUUAUCUGGUUUCACGUGAUCCUGGUUACAUCUCAACAAGCAAGUACUGAUAAUUCUACUCCAUCAACUGGAACGACUAUGACUGCUGGUGCCUCCAUUAUGACCUCCAUAACAUCCCCCAAUGGUACACCAGAGGUGACAGAGGUCGAAACAACAAGCCUUGAUAGUACCUCAAGUGUAUUAUCCACUCUAAGCAGAGCAGAAAAAGCUAAAAUCAUUCUAUUAAAAACCUUCAAUUCAUCAGGAGUAAAAUCUCAGAGUUACAUUUGCAAUUUGUCAUCUGUCUGCAGUGAUUCAGUAUUCUAUAGAGGUGAGGUGAUAUUGGAAAACCAUGAAGAAAGCAAUAUUACUCAGGAUGCAAACAUGAACCAGGAUGCAAUCAGUGACACUUUAAUUGAGGAUCUUUCACUAAACAAAACAAAAAUUUCAGAACUCAAAAAAUCACUGAAAAGCCUAAGUGAGUCAUAUUUCAUAACAUGUGGGACACAGAACCAAAGCAUAUCAAAUUGUACAUUCACAAUAAAAGUGAAUAUGACAGUGAACAUCUGCCCCUUGCUGGUUACAUUAAAGAGAAUAGAGGUGCGUCUCAUAGAACAGUGCUGUUGCUCCUUCAAGACACAUUGCCCUUCGAGUAGCAAAGAAUUAAAAGAAUUGCAAUGUGAUCUACAUGACCCAGUUAUCUGUCAGGAUGAAUCCAGUGAUGUACUCAGUCCAUUUUUUCCUUCUCCUAAGAAAUCUAUUCCACCUUCUCCUCAUGCUACCCUUUCCUCCAAAGUUGGUCCUAUUUAUAUUCCUCCAAAUAUGUCAUCUGGGAAUAGAUUUAGUACACCUUCCAUUCAGUCUGCAACCUGGGAAAUUCACACUUCUCCCACUCAACCAUCCAGUCAAACUGUCAUUGGGCUGCCUCAGCCAGAAUCUUCCACGUCAACCAGCCCUGAAACCAUACCUUCCUCCACAACUCCUUCUAUUAACUCUUCAGUCUCAUCUACCACCAUCUCUACUUCUGUUACUGAUGCUUCAACUAGCUUACCUCAUGGAAUUACAGAAAAUUUUACCACCAGCCGCAUAAGUGCAUCUGAAAUUGAGAACCAAGUAUCUCAAAUGGAAAAGUCUCUGUCUUCAAACAGCUUGGAGCCUAACCUUGCAGAGGAAAUGAUUCGUAAAGUGAGCAAACUCCUCCAUGCUCCACCAGACCUGCUCACUCCUUUGUCUCAAAGGUUAUUAAAAGUAGUGGAUGAUAUUGGCUUGAAACUGAACUUUUCAAAUAAGACCAUCAGUUUUACCUCACCUUCUUUGGCUCUGGCAGUGGUCAAGACCAAUGCCAGCACCUUCACCAAAACUACUUUUGCUGCCCAAGAUCCUUCAGAUCUCCAGGUUACUUUAGAUACUCAACCUCCUGAAAAUAGUAUUGGUAUUAUUACCCUCCCAACCCAGUUGUUAGACAAUUUAUCUGCUGAAGAGUCAAAGAUGGCAUCUCGAAUCCAGUUCAACUUUUUUGAGACACCUACCUUGUUCCAAGACCCUUCACUGAAGAAUCUCUCUCUGAUAAGCUAUGUUAUAUCUUCAAGUGUCGCUAAUCUAACAAUCAGAGACCUGACAGCAAAUGUGACUGUCACUCUACAGAAUACAAGUCCUAAUCAGGAUAACUUAACUGUAAAAUGUGCAUUUUGGGACCUGAGCAAAAAUGGUGGCAAAGGAGGGUGGUCAUCUGAAGGCUGCACAGUGAAAGACAAGAGAAUGAAUGAAACAGUUUGCUCCUGCAACCACCUUACGGGCUUUGGAGUUCUUCUGGACUUAUCCAGAACACCCUUACCACCUAUCCAGAUGCUGAUUCUUACAUUCAUCACCUACAUUGGCUGUGGCUUGUCUGCAAUUUUUCUUUCAGUUACUCUGGUAACCUACAUAGCCUUUGAAAAAAUCCGGAGGGACUACCCUUCCAAAAUCCUCAUCCAGCUGUGUGCUGCCUUACUCCUCUUGAAUCUAGUGUUUCUCCUAGACUCAUGGAUUGCUUUGUAUAACAUUCGAGGCCUCUGUAUUUCCGUGGCAGUAUUUCUUCAUUAUUUCCUGUUGGUUUCAUUUACUUGGAUGGGUCUAGAAGCUUUCCAUAUGUACUUGGCUCUUGUCAAAGUGUUUAAUACCUAUAUCCGGAAAUAUAUCCUCAAAUUCUGCAUUGUGGGUUGGGGUGUCCCAGCUAUAAUUAUAGCCAUUGUGCUGGCCAUAUCUCCCGAUAACUAUGGAAUUGGUUCCUAUGGAAAAUUCCCCAAUGGCUCACCUGAUGAAUUUUGUUGGAUCAACAAUAAUGUUGUAUUUUACAUUACCGUGGUAGGAUAUUUCUGUGUGAUAUUCCUGUUGAAUGUCAGCAUGUUCAUUGUUGUACUAGUUCAACUUUGUCGGAUCAAAAAAAAGAAGCAACUUGGUGCCCAAAGGAAAACAAGCAUUCAGGACCUUCGAAGUGUUGCUGGGUUGACCUUUUUAUUGGGGAUCACUUGGGGAUUUGCCUUCUUUGCCUGGGGACCAGUUAAUCUCCUCUUCAUGUAUCUCUUUGCCAUCUUUAAUACUUUGCAAGGAUUCUUCAUAUUCAUCUUCUACUGUGUGGCAAAGGAAAAUGUCCGGAAACAGUGGAGAAGAUACCUUUGUUGUGGCAGAUACAGGCUGGCUGAAAAUUCUGACUGGAGUAGAACUGCUACUAAUGGUUUAAAGAAGCAGAUUGUAAACCAAGGAGUGUCCAGUUCUUCAAAUUCCUUACAAUCAAACAGUAACUCCACUAAUUCUACCACCCUGCUAGUGAAUAAUGAUUGCUCAGUACACGCAAAUGGGAAUGGAAAUGCCUCUACAGAAAGGAAUGGAGUCUCCUUCAGUGUCCAGAAUGGUGAUGUUUGUCUGCAUGACUUCUCAGGAAAACAACAUGGGUUUAAUGAGAAGGAAGACCCUUGUAACAGCAAGAACCGAAUCUCUCUCAGAAGGACUUCAAAGAGGGGGAGCCUCCAUUUUGUUGAGCAAAUGUGA